CAACCAAAAAUAGUAUAUCAUAUAAGAUAGAGAUAACCUCCUCAAAUAUAAUGAAAGGUGUUUCUUUCCUUGCGACUGUGGCCAUUUUGGCCUUGGCAUCCUCCUUUGUUUCUGCCUAUGAUCCUAGUCCUUUGCAAGACUUCUGUGUUGCAAUUAACGACAUCAAAUCUGGUGUGUUCGUGAAUGGAAAAUUUUGCAAGGACCCUGCAAUGGUCUCAGCAAAUGAUUUUUCCUUCUCUGGACUUAAUAUUCCCGGAAACACUGAAAACAAAGUCGGAUCAAAUGUCACUCUAGUGAAUGUCGAUAAAUUAGCAGGUCUCAACACUCUUGGCAUAUCUUUGGCUCGCCUUGAUUUUGCAGAAUAUGGCCUAAAUCCUCCUCACACUCACCCUCGUGGCACUGAGCUUUUUGUAGUCAUUGAGGGUACUUUCUUAGUUGGAUUUGUCACAUCCAACCCAAACAAACUCUUCACCAAAGUUCUAAACAAGGGAGAUGUCUUUGUAUUCCCAAUUGGUCUCAUUCACUUCCAAUUCAACAUAGGGAAGACUAUUGGUCUUGCCUUUGCUGGUCUCAGCAGCCAAAAUCCUGGAGUGAUCACCAUAGCAAACGCGGUCUUUGGAUCUGUUCCACCCAUCAAUCCUGAUGUUCUCAUCAAGGCCUUCCAACUAGACAAGAAUGUGGUUGAAUAUCUUCAAAAAGCAUUCGCGCCAAACUAGAAUUCUGAAAAAUCUUUCAAAUAGUGAGGCUGAACAACUAUAAAAUUUGAAUAACAUUUGUUUGGUUUUCCUUAUUGUAAUGUCAUUUGAAUAAUUAUUAUCAAAUAAAAUGGUUUCAUUGUGUUAUUUGCAAGGCAAUACAAUUUGUGC